GAAAGAGGGAAGGACAGCCAGCGUUGUUGGUAGAGUUAUGGUUAGGAGAAUAGAGUUUAGGUUUAGAUUCGACGCUGUAUCGUGAAACAAGGUUAUCGCAGUGAGCAUGUCGGAGUAGCGAGCUUACACUUAAAGUAAGUACGUUAGGUUUGGAUUUAAAGCCUGAGCGGUAGCUAAAAUGUUUAGGGUCAACAAAUGCAAAGAAAGACUCAGUUAAGUGACGUCCAGGUGGGUUGUGGUCGAGCGUUUGUUCAGUUACAGGAACCCGUUUUGCCUGUCUGCCUCAUCAACCGCAUUUCCUGAAAGGAGGUUUGAACUUUGAGCCACCGGCACCUUUUCAUGCUGAAACGUCUCGCAUGUUUCCGUCCAACGGAGGAGAGAAAUGACCGAGCACCUGCUGAAAAUACUGAUUGUUGGUGAUGGAAAUGUUGGGAAAUCCUCCUUUGUGAAUCGCUACGUCAAUGGACAGUUCAACAAAAUGUACAAGAUGACAGUGGGAGUGGAUUUUUCUGUGAAGGUGCUGCAAUGGUCGGAUCAAGAAAAAGUCAGACUGCAGCUGUGGGACGUAGCAGGCCAAGAGCGUUUCAUAUCCAUGACCAGGAUCUGUUAUAAAGGCGCGUUGGGCUGCGUGGUGAUGUUUGACGUCACCAGCGCUACCAGCUUCCUCAGCUGUCGCCACUGGAAACGGGACCUGGACAGCAAGGCCAUGCUGCCCAACGGCGACACAAUCCCCUGCAUCCUGCUGGCCAACAAGUGUGACGUCGCUCAGCGGGCCGUCUCAGCAGACAGCAUCGACGCGUUCAGUAAGGCCAACGGCUUCGUUGCAUGGAUGGAGACUUCGGUCAAAGACAACAAGAACGUUGGAGAGGCCAUGAGGAGGCUGGUGCAGGAGAUCCUGUCAGUUAAGUCAAGUCUGGACUCGUUUCAACCUGGACCUCAACACAGUGUUAAUCCUCAGCUGGACUCUGAAAACAGUAACAGCAGAGCAGCAGGCUGUUGCUGAAACACUGCUCUCAUCUACCGCAGAGUCAAGCAAACACCAGCAACUGUGACACUUACUAAAUGAUGGAAGUAUCACACUAAAAAGACAACGUUCAAUUACUAUACACUAAUUUUGUCAAAAAGCCAAAAUGAGGGCUUCUAUACUUUUGUAUUUUUUUAUCUUUUUCUGUCCCGGUGACCCCAGUUUUGGGGGUCCCCCAAACUGGGGACCCCUAAAGUAGGGCUGCAACUAACUAU